AUGGAGACGAAGCAGAUGGUCGAGGGUAAACCAAGGUGCUUCGGUGUUGUUUAUGAAGUGGCGAAGGAGGAUUACGAUCCUCCAAAAGGAUGGGUGAAUCUGCCCAAGGUAGACCUCGUACCUUUUGCAGAAGUCGAGGAUUAUAGAGGCGUGAAGUGGAGCGAUUUUCGCGAUUAUGCUGACCUUUGCUUCAAAGAAUUUGGCGAUAAGAUUAAGCUUUGGACCACAAUCAAUGAGCCAUGGACUUAUGCCUCUAUUGGCUAUGACUCGGGCCAAUUCGCACCCGGAAGAUGUUCUGCUUGGAUGAACAAUAGUUGCGUUGCUGGGGACUCUGCAACUGAACCAUAUAUAGUUGGCCACCACAUGCUUCUUGCUCAUGCUGAAGCAGCUAAAGUAUAUAGAACUAAAUACAGGGCACUACAAAAGGGUGAGAUAGGAAUAGUGCUGGUGUCUCGUUGGUUUGAACAAUACUCCAAGACUAAAGAAGAUGCGAAAGCAGCUAAGCGAGCCAUCGACUUCAUGUUUGGAUGGUUUAUAGAUCCAUUAACCUCUGGUGACUAUCCAGAAAAUAUGCGUAGACUUGUGCAAGAUCGCUUACCAAAAUUCACGACAGAGCAAGCUGAGAUGGUGAAAGGUUCCUAUGAUUUCUUGGGACUAAAUUACUACACUUCGAAUUAUGCAUCCAAUGUUUCUCCGUAUAAAGUGAACAUUAGCUAUUCAAGAGAUUCUCAAGUAAAUGAAACAACGGAAAGAAAUGGAAAACUCAUUGGUGAACCGACGGGCUCGAGUGUUUUCUUCGCGGUCCCAGAAGGACUUCAUAAGUUUUUGGUCUACACGAAGAAAAAAUACAAGAAUCCCACAAUUUACGUUACUGAGAAUGGAAUGAGUGAUGCUAAUGUUACCGGCGUUCAGCAAGGAGUCAAUGAUUUCCAACGAGUAGAUUUUUACCGUCGUCAUCUCUUGGCCCUUAAUGCUGCCCUUAAGGAUGGUGUGAUUGUGAAGGGUUACUUUGCAUGGUCGUUGUUGGAUAAUUUUGAAUGGAAUUCAGGUUACACACAGAGAUUUGGGAUUAAUUUUAUUGAUUACACAGACAAUUUAAAAAGGCAUCCCAAACUUUCUGGGCUUUGGCUAAAAAAGUUUCUACUUAAAUAG